AUGAAAUCAGAUGACAAGGAAGAAAAUGAGAAUCUGGACACAGUUAUGACAAAAAAAGAAUAUUUCAGCCAUGUAGACGAGUGUCAUGCAUUAAUUGACCAGGUAUCACUGGCAUCAGCAAAAACAUUAACGAAAUUGACAUGCUUCGAUGUUGGCAAAAAUUAUAUGGUGUUUGGAACUAAUGUUGGUACUUUGUUCGUUUUUAAUCGUCGAUUAAAUCGAACUGCAACUCCUUUAGAGACAAUUGUUCAUGACACAAUUACAUGUGUAAAACUUUUAUCUGGAGAAAAUGAUUUUCUCGCUGCGGGCCAUUCAUUUGGCACUCUUGCUUUAUUGAAUUUUCCAACUGGUGAGCCUGGUUCAACGAGGAAGUUGGAAAAAAGCCUUCUAUUUGAUAAACAUAGAAGGAAAGCAAUUACUUGUAUUUCAUGGACGGAAGAUGGUAGGAAAGUAUUUUCUGCUGAUAACUCUGGUAAUGUUGUUGUCACUGCAGUCAAUUUUGAACAUAAUAUAUUCGAAACAACAACUGUUUGCUCUCAACUUUCUUAUGUGACUCAGCUGAUUCAUUUUUCGAGUUUCUUAGCAAUCUCCACUGCUCAAAAAGUCACUGUUAUUAAUGAAAGUUGGGAUCCAUUAUUAGAAAUCGAAGAGCAACAGCACAGGGUUAUCGGUAUAAAUUUGCUUAAUAAAUCGUGUGGGUCAAAAUUACUUGUUUUGUUAUCUAAUGGCUCUUUAAUGAUUUACGAUAUUUUUCGUGGCGAAAAAACAGGACAUUUCAGUUUGAUGGAAAAUAUAGUGAAAACAUUCCCCGAAUCAAAUAUACAAAUUGAAAGAAGGUCCGAGAAGUGGGGAUCCAACAUAUUAGUAAUACAUAAGCAAAAAUUUUUGGUGAAUUAUAGAAGUUUUAUCGUUUUACUGAAUUUUUUUGAAGAUCAAGUGACCAUUUUAUCGGUAUUUGAUGCGAAAAACCACUUUGACAUAAAAGAGUGUGAGGAUUGCAGUAUCUGCGUUGAUCCAAUUGUUUCAUGUCCAACUAUUUAUUUUCUCUGUCCAAAUCGCGUCUUUCGUUUAUCUUCUGAUGAAGCUCCAGUAUACCUCAAACAAGUACUUAGGCCACAGAGAGAAUAUUCAACAAAAAAUUUCUUCAGUUCUAUUCAAAAAAAUACUAGUUUGUUGCCAAAUGCUUCCAAAGACAUUCUUUUCGAAGGUAUGAAAGUAGCAAAAGAGCUGAAUGUUUUGUCUUCAUUGCGUAAUAUUCCCAUUCCAAUCUUGACUACUGUGGUCGAUUACAACAGCUUUUUACGUAAAUCGAGGUGCGGCAUUUCAUUAUGUGGUGAAUCAUCCGGUAGUAGUUUUGGAACCGAUGAAGUGGGCGCUGUAAUGUCAGUGGGGAAAAAUAUGUCAAAGACCUUAGAACAAAUGCAAAUAUCGCGGGAAAAUAUUAUUGAAAAUGUAAAUAAGAUAGCGCGAAAAGUAGUGGAUACUGUGGGUGGAUAUGGCACACAGGCCAAAGAUGGUUUUCUCAUUGAAUCUGUAUGUGAUCUUGAAAAAGAAAUAUCACUUGAGCAAAAUGGAAUUCUUCAUGAGAUCGCAGUUCGUAGAACAAAAACCACCACUGCUGCUACUAAACAAAGGAAAAUAAAUGAGACAUUGAAAAAUUGCGGGCAAAAUGCACUGAAUUUAACAAGUGAAGAUUUCAUCGCUAUUGAUGAAAGUGCACUGGAACAUAUCAAGGAGGGUGAGUCAGUCUCUUCUCAAAUGCUUGCUGUCCCAUCUCAGUCAUGUCAUGCUAAUUCAACUCAAAAGAAACAAGGGAGUUGUGUAAAUGUUGAUUUUGAACAAAUACCUGACCAAUGUGAAGAGAAUCAUCAAGUUGCUUUAGUAGAGGAGAUUAUUGAUGUUUGCAAUGCAAAAGACAACGAAGGAAAUAACUUAGAAUCAGAGCAAGUACUGGUAAAAGAGACUGAAGACUCAUUAAUAUCAGAUCAAUUAAAGGAAGAAAAUGCCUAUGAAUUCUUGAUGAAAAAUGCAAUCAGAAGGAAGUCAUUGACUUUUGAAGUAAACACUUCUGAAACCAUGUUAUAUCCAUUGGAUAAUGGACAACUUGUAAAGCAGUUAACUGUAGUAAAUAAUUUUGGUGAUAUGUGGAGCGAGAUAAGAUUACCGUAUUCUUGCACAUUUUCUGUUUCUUCGAACUAUCUCAUUAUUUGCGACUUAAAAAAAAAGAAGAAGCCGUGUUACUUAUCUAUCCCUUUCAGUAGCAAACCUCAGUGGAUUAAAUUCAAACAAAAAGCUGACCAUUUUGUUGUCAACGAUAAUGGCACGUUGGUAUGGAAAAUCCUUAAAAACUUGGCAUAUACUCCAUCUACUAAUAUUUUUGUACCGGAUUUUUUUCUGAAAGCUGUGAGCUGGAUGGUUGUUGCUAGCGAAGGUGGAGGUAUUGUAGAAGUUGCUCUAACUAAAGAUUCGGCUUGGUACAUAACAAAGUCAGGAGAGGUGUAUGUGCAGCUACGUUUGCCUGAAAUGGGCAUUCUCAGUAGGUGUGAAACGCCUUGGCCCUUGCAUUCAAUUACCGCCAGUGAAUUUGCAGUUUGGGCACUGCACGCAGUUUCUGGUCAUCUUGUAGUUCGUGCUGGGUUAAAACAUAGUCCUGUUGGAUUAGACUGGAUUGAAGCUAUGCCACUUGGUCCGAAGCGUUUAAUCAGCAUUUGCUUAUACGAUCACAGUGGUUGGGCAAUCGAUGAAAAUUGUUCUUUGUGGUUUACAAAUGGUGUAGGAUUUCAGAAUCCUUUUGGCUCCACAGGGAACUGGAUGAGAGUUUACAAUCCAUGGGAUGUUUCACCAGAUAUUAAUCGUCUGAGAACUUUACCGUGGGUCAUUCGUGUUUCAUCAGCAGGAGUUUUUGUAUGUGUCGAUCAUAAAUGUUAUAUGUCAUCUAGCUCGGGCUUACUCUCAGGGCAUUGCCUAGAGCAUAUUGUGCCUGACAAGCUUGCAGUGAAUGAUAAUUUUGAAUUGAUAGCGGGUGGAGACAUACAUAAUAUUGACUGUUUAGUCUUGUGCCGAUUAAACGAAAUAUUCCUUUAUCGGUUGCAGAACACCUAUUUCUACUCGUUUCCAGCUUUUCCAGCUUCAUUCACUUCAGAUAUAAUUGAAAUUUCAUCUUUUGAUGGAAAAGUGUACAUAUUAGAUAGUACUGGUUGUAUAUACGUUAAGGAAAAUAUCACUUCUCUUUCUCCAUUCGGUACGGAUUGGAAACUUUUGGACACGGGCCCAUGUGGUUCACCAGUUGUGUCGUUUGCUAUCACAUCAGUCUCAAUUUGGGUGCUUACAGUUCUCGGUGAAGUGUGUUUGUAUAUAAAAAGUGCAAUUAACGAUCCUUUAGUUGGCAGCGGUCCUAUCUGGAUACAUAUAAAAACUUCUCCCGGUAGUGCGGUCAACAAAAUCCGCGCGUCCUGCAAUGGAUUGUAUGUAUGGAUUUUUUCGAUUAACGAAGGGCGCGCUUGGGCUCGUUCUUUUAUCACAGACGUGGUUCCUGCUGGAAGAUCAUGGCUUGAGGCGAAUAAUGAACCAGGUGUAAAAGACGUGGCAGUCGGCUGUAAAGUAAUCUGGUCGAUUUCUGCUUCGGGAUUGCUUCAUAGACUUCAGGGUCUAGCAGCCGGUAACCCCGCUGGAAAUUAUUGGAAACCAGUGCCUUUAUAUCUAAGUGCUAUCACUCUCGAUAGGAAGGAACGUUUAUGGGGUAUAGAUUUGAAUGGGCGACUAGUUUCUCAUAAGUUAUGUUUCAUUAGUUGUCUGACAUUUGUCUUCAGAGCUAAAUUUUUCAACUUACCAUACUAA